GCGCUUUGUACAACUACUAAUACCAUUACGAAAUACCUAGAGGUAUCCGCUGCCACUAGGUACUACCUAGCUAUAAAGUAGGUACUACUAGGUAGUAGGUAGUCAAAGACAAGUAGUAAUUGAGGGUCCCUUAGUUGAUGAACGACUUUAAGAUAUUACAUUAGAUUAAACAUGAAUUGCGACAUAGAAGACAUCCAGGAGUGUCCUGCAGACUCGAAUCUUGCUGGAAAAGUAGCAGUUUGUGAUGGGUGCCCUGGAAAGGAUUUAUGCUUAUCACAGGUAAGCCAACCAGAUCCAGAUCAGCAAGUCAUUGACUUACGACUAAAAGCCAUCAAGCACAAGAUUUUAGUAUUGUCUGGAAAAGGUGGAGUAGGUAAGUCAAGUGUUUCUGCAAUGCUCUCCCAAAUGCUGGCAAAUGAUGGGAAAAAAGUUGGACUCUUAGAUGUGGACAUAUGUGGACCAAGUAUACCAUCAUUGUUGGGAAUUGCAGAUCAACCUAUUGUAGAUUCACAGUGGGGCUGGAAACCUGUACUGUCAUCUUGUGGCAAGAUAAAGACUUUGUCAGUUGGAUCAUUGUUAAGUUCAGGAAGCCAAGCAGUAGUGUGGAGAGGACCUCGGAAAACUUCCCUCAUAAGACGGAUGAUAAAGGACACACUGUGGGGCAGACUUGAUGCUCUGAUUGUUGACACUCCUCCUGGCACAAGUGAUGAACACUUGACCAUUGUCAAGCUUUUGGCUGCCGCUAAACCAGAUGGAGCUGUUAUAGUAACCUCACCACAGAAGUUAUCAGCAGGUGUGGUAAGCCGAGAGAUUCGUUUCUGCCAGAAAAUGAAGGUUCCGGUCUUAGGAAUAAUAGAAAAUAUGUCAGGAUUCACAUGUACCUGUUGUUCUGAGGUGACCCAGAUAUUCUCUAGUGGAGCUGGAGAAUAUCUUGCAAAGAAGUAUGGUAUACCUUUUUUGGGAGCAUUGCCACUUGACACAAGAUUAAUUGUAGCACAAGAAAAAGGAUUAAACAUUGAAGACCUACACCCUCAGUCUCCUGUUGUUUUACAAAUGAGGAAGAUCUUGAGAGAGAUUCUGGUUAUGGUGGGGGAAAUAGCUGUACCUCAUUAAUAUAAUAGUAUGAGUAUGUUUAAAACUUUCUAUGCACUGAAAACUUUAUCUCCCAGAGAUUUAUUUCCAUAUUUUUUCAUAUAGUAUAUUUUAUGAGCUAAAGUUGCUGGGGUUAUGAUGAAAACCUCAUCGUCAAAAUUACUUUUGUAGUCUGUAUUUGAUAGGAAAUACAAUGCUUUUGAAUUCAAGUUUUCCUAGAAUAUAAUGGAUUUUAUUCAUGCCCUUAAAGGUGGGGCCAAGGUUAUGCACACAUUAUAAGCAGGCAGUAUAUAUAACCUCCUUGGGAUGAACUGUUGACCACUAAAGUACUAGCCCAGUGCUUUGUUCAUUCAGUUUCAGAAGGCAUCAAAGAGAGGGGCCAGAUAUGCAAUGGCAUAUGCAUGGUAUUGCAUCAUGUACCACUGCACACCUAACUAUAUAACCUGUUCCCUCCAGCAGUGUGGUCCUUUGGGCCAGUCUUGUGAGGUAAAUAAAUGAUCUCAGUUAUCUGCUUAAACUACAUACUUGAUAAUGAUAAGCAGUUAGUGGACACUUUUAGUCCUCUCUGAUGGGUCAAAGGUGGUGUACACAUUAUAAACAGCAACAAUACCUGAAAAUAGAUGCUAAUAGUAACCUCCUUCUUUGGGGAUUUGAACCAUCGACCACUUAAGCAGUAAUCCGUUCAACUGUUGGGAGGGGGGGAAAAUCAUAGUAGGUUUGGAGUGGUCACCUUGUGACCUAUGGGUGGGGAGAAAUAAGUUUUUCACUUCUUGUUGGUGGUGCAAGGAGUGGAUGAAGUCACAUGCCAUUUAGUUCCUCUCCUUUUAAUUCUUCUGUAGCUAAAUGGACUAAGCAUCAAUUUGCUGCUUUAGUGGUCAUGUAUGAGAGAUAAGCUAAUCAAAUAUAUCAGACAAAGAUACAGAAUGAUUACAUUAUAAACAAAAAUGUUCAACUAAUUACAGAUUCAUAGAUCAGAGCUUAUGAAGAGGUAGCGGUUUUGAACUAAAAUUUAAUGUUUAUAAUGAAACCAAUUUUUUAACUAUACAGUAGUGCCUCAGGAUACGAAAUUAAUCAGUUCCGAAGCGGCCUUCCUAACUUGAUUUUUUCCUAUCUCGAACUGCGUUUUACAUGUAAAUUGCCUAAUUCGUUCCAAGCCCUACAAAAAUACCACAGUAAAUUUUAUAAUAAAGCUAAAUUGACCAAUAAACAAUGAAAUACAACAAUUUGGACCAU